AUCCUGCUCAAUCUAUAGAAUCACACUGCAGUGCGGCUAAGCGUCCAGCAGGGGCGCUGUAUACACACCAGUGACUACUAGGAGGCGGAUUCUCCUCACACCUCGCGCGCUGCCCCGUGUAUAGAGUCCUCUCUCUGUAAUAGUGUAUACUCCCUCUGUAUACCGCCAUGGUGCAGGAAUUUCAGGUGCUCCGAUGCUUCUCCUGUCAGGUUUUCCAGGUGCACCAGAUUAAGAAGAGUAAGAAGUGGUCGUGUAAGCUGUGCGGAGAGAAGCAGUCACUGCUGAAGGUUUACGGCCAAGGUUCAGGGGCGGACUGCAGACACCAUGUGCAGAAGCUGAACCUUCUUCAGGGUCAGGUGGAGCAGGCAGCUACUGGCACGGACAAAGAAAGCUGUCAAAAUGAUGAUGACAUUGAUGAUGAAAGGGAGAAAAGCCUUGCAGUAUCACAGGAAGCAGCCUCCAUGAGCUGCUGGAAUAAAUAUGUGGAAGAAUACCAGGAUGGUGCACAUGAAGAGGAGGAGGAGGGUAUAUUCUCUACAGAUCGGGAGCACUACUAUUCUCCUCAGGACUGUACUUCAAGAACUGUCAGGAAACGUAAACACAUGCCAUAUCAUGGGGAAGAUUUCUACAAGGAAGAUACAAAAGAAAUUAUUUCAAAGAAGAACAAAAUCUAUGAGGCUGGGAACUCGACAGGAACCAGUCACUUUUCCUGCAGAAACACAGAAGACGUACAAUUGCCUGACGAGCCUGUAUCACGUACGUUACCGCUGCAGACCUACCCUGACGCAUUUUCUCCUAGGACCAGAUCAGAGGGACAUUUUAAACAAUCCACUUGCAGUACUGCAUGUUUUCUGAAGCCCGAUAUGGACACCAUAUUUAAUUGUUUUCAUAACAAUAAGAAGACUGAGCCAGAUUGUACUAUAGCGAUCAGCCAAGACACCCUGCCAAAUAAUGAUCCCACUACAACAAAUAGACUAUCGGGACAGAACAUUUCUUCUCCAGCACUGAAUGAUUCUGGUCUGGGCUCUGCAGACCAGCAGUCAGACCUUAACUUCAAAACAAGUUCCCUGGUUUCUACACAGAAAUCCAUAAUUCAGUCUAAUCUUUUCCGGACAGAUGAAGACUUUGAUGAUAAUUAUUAAAGUGUCACUUAGUGUCAUUAAAAAAACUUUCUUUUGAAUAAGAAGAAAAAAAAAACUUUCGACAUGUUGCCCAGACAAGUAAAAAAUUUAGAUCGGACCAUGUCUCAGU